CACGAUAAUCACAGAGCAGUAACUUACACGUCACUGAAACCCAGGUGGAACCCGGUAGCGGGUAUUUCCAUUACAACAGUGACCUCGGUUUAAAAUGAGCGGGCCAUGCAAACGCAAUAUUUACCGUUCAAAUGGCAUUCAUUCCCCUAUCUCACUGGAACAGGACUUCUAUGCAGGAGAAGAUUGGCAUCAAGGAGACCCAUGACCUCCGGAUUGGGUCUGCCUACGCGGUUAAACAAGCAACUCCCUAUGAACGCUACAGAGUGUCACGUAUGAGGGUAAGGAUGAGGCUUCAAUUAUUCACUACCACCUUGCUCCUAAUGGUCGCCUCACCGUUUGCACUGCCGAUGCUUUUACUCAAGCUUCGCAACCCGGAUCAAAUUUCUGCAUCUUUCGAGACCAUUAUUCCAGCUGCCUUUGUCGCGUCCAUUGUGGCUGCGCUCACGAUUGCUCAUGCUCGCAGGUUGCUGGUGAAAUCCAACGUGGAUGUACUCUAUUCAGGAAACGAUGUCUUCCAAGAUGCGAAACUCUGGUACAUUUCCAGGAUUUCUAAGUACUCCGGCGCCAUGAAUUUCGGCUGCGUCGCAGCAUAUGGUGCAGGAUGUGGUUCUCUGCUACUUGAAUACUACCCCACCCCCACUAUCACAUUUGGAAUUGCAUUGUCCACCGUCAUCCUUGUCCAUACCCUUCUCUCCAUGAUUCCCCAAAUCAAAACCAACACCUUCUUUAAGCGAAACGUCUUCUCUGCUGUAUCUAAUCUUCGGGAUGCUGUUUCGGAAAAGAACGUGGCGGCGCUUGCACCGACGCUGUAAUCAGACGGUCGCGUACGUGGGAUUUACCGGUGCUUAUGUAGUCAUUGGAAUGCAUUGGUCGUAUCUUCUGCGAUAGAAUGCUGGGAUGUCGCACAAACUUGGUGACUUUGUAAAUACACGACUACUAAUUAAUCAUGUUUAAUUGCC